AUGGAGUACUGUUCCGGUGGAAGUCUCCAAUAUCUUAUUGAUCACUCAAAGCCAACAGAUGAUAUGGAAACAAAAAUAAAAUACGUCCAUGAAAUUAUUGAGGCCAUAAAUUAUAUGCACGAAAGAAGCUUUGCUCAUUGUGAUAUCAAGCCAUCAAACAUCCUAAUUGAUCAAUUUGGUCGCGCUAAGCUUGCAGACUUUGGCCUGACUCAUUUUGUUGGAAGUUCUGGUCAAGAUGCAAAAAUUACUUACAGCGGAUCAUUCUCGUACAUGUCCCCUGAGCUCCUUAAAUACAGAAAGUGCGACCCAUUUAAAGCCGAUGUAUGGGCAUUUGGUGUUACUUUAUAUACUUUAUUCGGUAAACACCACCCAUUUCGCGGUAAGACGAUGGAAACAAUCAUUUGCCAGAUGCAAGCGGGUAUUAUACCUCUGAAGAACAUUCCGCAUGAUCUGGGCAAUAUAAUCGAAGGGUGCUUGAAAUAUAAGGCAAAUGAAAGAAUGACAAUUUCCCAGAUAAAAGCAGAGUUCCCAACCCAGAUAAAGAAGUCCGCCUCCCACUCCUCUGCUAAAUAUGCUCAUAGAAUGCUCAUUCGGUCAGCGUGCCAAUCUAUAUUUUCCCCAUCAGGGCUGAAACGUGUAUCUAAUAGUAGUGUGUAUUAA